AUUUGCCGCCUUUUCUACUGACAAGCUCACCUUGUCAGAGUAUAUAUAGAGUCUGUUCGGAAAGAGAAGAGUCGUGAAAUGUAUUGGGCCUCAUACAUUCCACGACUCUUCUUUUUCGAAACGAAAAUAAAGUACUCAAUAAUAAAUCAGGAAGUGAGUUGGUGGCUUAAGACGAACCGAUUUUGUGAUGUACGUAUUGUUUAAAAACCGGUAAUUUAGUAUUCCCUUUCAACCGAUUUGUCUACAUGACUGCUCCAUGUCAGCCGAUUUAUAUAAAAUGGCGUCAGCCGAGUUUUUAGAGCAAGCUUUGUCUACAGACGUUGACGAGAACGCGGUGAAUGCUAUCGUAGGUUCUCUGGAAAAUCAAUUGGUUACGUCCGUUUCAUCAGUGUCGUCUCAGAACAAUAUAGUUAAUGUUAUUCCUAGUCAGCUUACUAAUAUUACAUCAAAUCCGAGUUCUAUUAUUGGUGUACAAAAAUACAAUACGGACCAAGUGAACAUUGGUGAAAUAACUACUGGUAAUUUUCAACCGGUGGGCCAAGCUGCUGGUGGUGUGACUUAUAAUAAUGUACAGGCAUCGGGCCAGGGUUUCGUUUCGCAACAAUCGUUAACUAAUUCCAGCGAACCCAUUAAAGUGAUAUACUCUCCUCAGACCUCACAAACUUUGUCUAACAGUGUAAACAGAGUGUCAUUUCCCUCUCAAUCCGUACCGAAUGGGAGUAUCGGCCUUGCAGCAUCUCAGAAUCAAAUAAUCCACACUGGAGCUCCCUGCGCCGUCAUCCCGCAGACCGUGAACAAAACCAUAACUAUGCAGCCACCCCUCGUCAUCAAGCAAGGCACUACCGCUGGUCAAGUCGGCAUGCAGCCUGGAAUGGUGACAGUGCCUAUGACGGUUAAUUCGAGCAUGCCUAAUUCAAUACCUAAUGUUAUGACUUUAAAUAAGCCAGGAGGGCAAAAUGUUGUGGUGACCACACAAAAUUUAGGCUCAGGGCAACCUGCAAUAAUUCCUAAUGUUCAAAUAUUAAAUAUGAGACCAGGAACUCCAUCAGUUGCAGCUCAGAAAUCAGUAGCCACAGUUUCACCACGGGUAGUAAUUGGAACACCUCAAGUAGUAGGAGCACGAGCAGCCACACCAGGGAUUACGCUGCAAACUCUGCAGAGUCUACAACCUGGGCAGCAGGGUCAUUUGUUGUUAAAGACUGAGAAUGGGCAAUACCAGUUGCUGAGGGUGGGCCCCGCGCCCGCGGCCAGCUCGUUGGCGCCGCCGGCGCAGACCAUCCGGCUCUCGACCGUGCCGGCACAUCCUGGCGUACAGACGGUGUCGACGAGUGUCGCCGCGGCGCAGAUGCAGGGCCAGAUGGCUGCGGGCGCGGUGGCGGCACCGGCGGCCGUGGCCUCGCCCGCGCCCGCGCCGCCGCCACAGGCGCCCACUGUCACUACACAGAAACCUUCAGACAAUACAAAAGAAAAAUGCAGAAACUUUUUGGCAAAUCUUUUGGACUUGUCAAGUAAAGAACCCAAGUCCGUUGAAAGAAAUGUGAGAAAUCUCAUCCAAGAGUUGAUUGACGCGCAAGUGGAACCAGAGGAAUUUUGUGAUCGACUCGAAAGGUUACUAAACGCUAGUCCUCAACCGUGCCUCAUAGGUUUUUUAAAGAAAAGUCUGCCUCUUCUGCGACAAUCCCUGGUGACCAAAGAGUUGGUAAUUGAAGGAAUCAACCCGCCGGCGCCGCACGUGGCUUUCUCCUCGAUUCCGGCGCCGCCGCACCAGACCAUCAUGGCCACAUCCAACGUGCAGAUGCCUAAACCUGCAGUAAAACCUGGAAAUACAAUAGCGGUGUUACAAAAUAUACCGGUUCAUACAAAGAUAAACGUGAGCAAAGUGGGAGGCAAAGCGAUGACUGUCAAUAGUAAAGCAAAUUUCAAUCGAUCAGCGGCGGCGACCGCGGCGCUCUCCACAGUGUUGACCCCCGGAAAGUCGCUGCUGAAGGAGAAGGAGAAGAAGUCGUCCUCGCAGUACUCGCAGCCGUUCGUCGACGACAAGAUGGCCGGCGACGACGACAUCAACGACGUGGCCGCCAUGGGCGGGGUCAAUCUAGCCGAGGAGAGUCAGAGAAUACUCGGCUCCACUGAGAUGAUCGGAACACAAAUAAGGUCGUGCAAGGACGAGUACCUGGUGCCGACGGGGCUGAUGUCGGCGCGGCUGAAGGCGGCGGCGGCGCGGCACGGGCUGGAGGAGCCGGCGCCCGACGUGGCCGCGCUGCUCACGCACGCCGUGCACGAGCGCCUCAAGAACCUCAUCGAGAAACUCGCGCUCAUUGCGCAACAUAGAAUCGACCUCGUUAUAAAGACCGACUCCAGGUACGAAGUGACACAGGACGUUAAAGGGCAGCUCAAGUUUCUGGAGGAACUCGACCGCGUGGACAAAAAGCGGCGGGAGGACUCCGAGAGAGAAAUGCUGCUCCGGGCUGCCAAGUCCCGGUCCAAGAACGAGGACCCCGAGCAAGCCAAGCUCAAAGCGAAGGCCAAAGAAAUGCAACGUGCGGAACUGGAAGAGCUGCGGCAGCGGGAGGCGAACCUGACGGCGCUGCAGGCCAUCGGGCCGCGCAAGAAGCCGCGGCUGGACGGGCCCGGCGGCGGCGACCUCGUGCCCAACGGCGCCGCGCACUCCGCCACCGGCUUGAGCGGACGCAGCCAGCUGGCGCUGCGCUCGCGGCUGAAGCGCAUCAACCACCGCGACAUGGUGUUCCUGCUGGAGCAGGAGCGCGACACGGCGCACUCGCCGCUCAUAUACCGCAGUUACCUCAAGUGACCGGCAAACCCCGACCACAGGCCCGUACUCGGCUAUCCGCCGACCACCAUCAAUCCGAACUACAGCACCAACGAGAGGGUUCCAAGGAAAACGUAUGUCGCACGAUCUGCUAAUUAGCAGCCAGGAUCUGAAUGACGAAGUUGUGAAACCACUGAACGGUGUGUCAGACACCCGACUUUACUUAUUUCACUCUUCUUUGCGACUCGUGCUAACAUAUAUCCGUUAGUGUCUGUAUGUGAUAGUAAUGAUAGGACUGACUUAUUGAAAUUAUUCAAGACGUCAAACAGUAUGAUAUGGUAUACCUAAAAGUAAAUUAAAUUUGUAUAUACAAUGUAAGGGACUGUUACAUACAUAAUAUAUUAGUUUUUUGUCUAUUAACAAAGAACGUAAGCGUUAAAUGAAUCAGGCUUUCUUCCUUCAGCUGUACAUAGAGCUGCAGUCUUGCUAAAUUAUAAGUAAUUGGGUACUUGACACAUGUUGAAUAUUAUAACAAAAUUUAGUUAAAUGGGUAGAAAAUGAGCCAUCCAUUAUAAAAAAGUGGAAUUUAAAAAAUUAUAUUGAGAUUAUAUAAAAAUAAAAGGCUCCGAAGUCUCAAAAAAAAAAUUAUUUUUUUGUCUUUCAAAAAUAGAAAAGAAAAAUGGUACCAUUCGAAUCCUUACAUUUUAGUGAAAAAUAAAUUGUAUGACAACUAUACACAUAAACGCAAUAUUUGAGGGUCAAAAUGGCAAUUUCCUUGAUCCUCCAUACAUUUAGGACAGACUUAUAUGAUGUGACGUCACAUCACCUUAUCAUUUUGUUAGAGGCGUUUAAAUCGUCAACUGCGAGCGUCAGACUUUAACUCUCAUUUCUGACCUUUGUGUUGCUUAAAUGCCAUGAGUCCCAUAUAGACAUUUGAUCCUCAGGAAAAUCAAGAUCGUUUGACAUUAUUUACAAAAAACAGUCAAGUAGCCAAUUAUGAAGUUGUUGACAGCGUGGAACGUCGCAUGCAACGCUCGUUAGCAUAAGGUGAGACGCAAAAAUAUCAAUAGUAGUUUCUACACUUGAUAAAAUACUGGUUUUGUAAGAAUUUUCUACGUUAAUUAAUUAUACAUCAUGUUUUU